UACUCAUAAUCAUAAAAUUCGGGAACGUUUUAUCAACGGACACACUUCCGGCACAGGAAACUACAGCAUGAAGAAAGAGCAAGUUGUAAAUUGUCAGUUUUCGGUCUGGUAUCCGAUAUUUAAAAAACAUACAAUUAAAAGCCUGAUUCUCCCGCUGCCUCAGAAUGUAAUCGACUAUUUACUGGAUGAUGGAACAUUGGUAGUGUCUGGGAGUGAUCACAACACACAGCAGACACACACUAACAACAGCGACUCUGAUGCAGAGGAAGACGUUCAGUGGUCUGAUGAUGAAACAACCACAACUGUCACAGCUCCUGAGUUUCCAGAAUUCACCUCUAAAGUGCUGGAGGCCAUAAACACUUUGGGCAGCCGUGUCUUUCCCAAACUCAACUGGAGCGCUCCCCGGGACGCUAACUGGAUCGCACUGAACAGUUCCUUACAGUGCCGCAAUCUCAGUGAAAUAUUUCUGCUCUUCAAAAGUUCCGACUUCAUCACCCACGACCUCACACAGCCAUUUCUUCACUGUAAUGACCAGGACUCUCCUGAUCCAGUCAUCAGCUAUGAGCUGGUCCUGAGGAAGUGGAGCGAGCUGAUUCCUGGUGGAGAGUUUCGCUGCUUUGUCAAAGAAAACAAACUCAUUGCUAUCUCCCAGAGAGACUACACCCAGUACUACCAGCACAUCCUGAAGCAGGAGCAGCAGAUCUGUCAGGCCGUGCAGGAGUUCUUCAACAAGCACAUCCAAUAUCAUUUCCUGGAUGAAGACUUUGUGUUUGAUAUCUACAGAGACAGUCAGGGAAGGGUGUGGCUCAUCGACUUCAACCCAUUUGGAGAGGUGACAGAUCCUCUGUUGUUCAGUUGGAAGGAGCUGACAUCAGGCGGGGACAUCGCUCAGCAGCAGGACGACCCGUUGUUCCGCUACACCACCAGUGAGGUGACUGUGCAGCCCAGUCCCUGUCUGAGCUACAGAAUCCCACGGGACUUCGUGGACCUCUCCACUGGAGAAGACGCCUACAAGCUCAUUGAUUUCCUGAAACUGAAGAAAAGCCAGCAGGAGGAGGAGGAGGAGGAGAAUGCCCCACAGUAACACCGUUCCUCUAAAACGAGAAGAAAAGCUGCUACCGGCCUCAACGCACUUUGUGCGUCAAGUUUCUCUGUGUGUGUCUCUCUCUCUCUCAUACGCUCUCAUGGUGACAGGUACCCGGUGUACCCAGGAUCUCUCCUAGCCAAGACUAAUUUGUGUCAUUUUAACAGAAAGUCUUACAUUAGUGGAUCACAUCUCUGAGGAUUCAUAUCCUUUCGCAGACUGUCUGAUCCUAAUGAGUUACGGAGAGUUCUGCGGCACCAUUUAGUCGGAUGUUUCUUUCAUGGCAGCGUAAUUAUUUUCCCUCUGGAGGACAACUAGUACAACUGCAUGAGCAAUCACUCACUGUAAAGAAUAUCCGCUUUUAUGUCAAAUAUGUAUAUAUGUGUAUGUUUUUGGAUUUUAAAAUGAACACACAUUACAGCGUACACAGUUUUGACAGUCUGCUUCAUUUAACGCUAAAUCCAUUCAUUACAGUUGCCUGUAAUUUGUCACUUUUGUCAAAGCCAUUGCUCCGAGUGCCCUUCGGAGUUGUUUUUUUUUCCCAUCAUGCAUCACUGUAGACUGUAGCUUGAGAAAAAAUACCAUUAAACUUCUUGUCGUGUAUUGAUUCACCUGUCAGCCUGGUGGGUGCCAUAAACUAGCGCCUUAAAAAUUGA